ACUCCAGUCUGAUCUAUAACAGGGCAGCAUAGUCUAAUCAUGGCCUCACUUAUUUCAUUUGUAGACAUAUGCAGGUAUGGAUUGUUUAAUUAUUAGUGGAAAGCAUCAGUUAUUGUUCAUACACGGUUGGGGAUUUGAACAAACCGCUAACUUCUAGUACCAAACUUUUUAGAGUUGUGCUACGGACAUGAAUGAAUAAUGCUAUUACUUUUAGUUACUAGCGAUCGGAUUUACGGCUUUCAACAAACGAGGAACCCGAAGCAAAUCUAGGGCACAUAAUAUAAUGAGACUUGAAGAACAGGACUGGAGCCAUGACUGCAAGCACAGUUGGAGGCGGGAGCUGUUUAUCCAUGAGUCUGUCUGCCCUAAAGAGACUCGACCCCUACAUUCACAGCAUCACAGACCUGGCCAGCCAAGUAGCACUUUACACCUUCAACAACACCACCAAUGAAUGGGAAAAGACAGAUGUGGAGGGAACUCUGUUUGUCUAUAACAGACUUGCCUCCCCCAGGCACGGCUUCACCAUCCUGAAUCGGCUGAGCAUGGACAACCUGAGCGAGCCCAUCACUAAAGACUUAGAUUUCCAGCUGCAGCAUCCGUUUCUCCUGUACAGGAACGCUCGCUUGUCCAUCUUUGGCAUCUGGUUCUACGAUAAAGAAGACUGUCAGCGUAUUGCAGAACUCAUGAAGAAUUUGGCAGGACAGGAACAGCAGUUACAGGCGAAAAUGGCUGUUGGCUCGGUCUCUCCGCGAUCGGCAGAGCAGGGUGUGGAUAUAAUGCAGAUGCUCACUAAAGCACGGGAUGACUAUGACAAGGGAAAGCUCAGCGAGCCGAAAGAAAUUGGCAGCGGUGGUGUCCUCUAUGGAAGCCCCCAUUUGAUCAAACCCAUACCCCUCAAACCAGCACAGGACACACACGUCCAGGGUCAAACGCAGCAGACACUUUCACUCUCUCAGGAUACAGAGAUGGAGUCAAAGCGCCUCUCGGUUGUCUCUUUGUUCGGGGCUCAGUCGAAACCAGACUCUGUCUCGCCACAGCCCACCUCAGCUGUCAGCAGGGUGGGUCCAACGCGGCCUGCGGUGGUCCGCUCGCUGUCUUAUGAUGACCCUUCUCUGGCAAGUGGCGCCGUGGUGUCCAACACCCCCUCACAGCACUGUCCAGCCAUCCACAAGCUCAUGUCUGGUUCUCUCCUGGAGCCUCUGUCUGAAUCCCCAGAGAGUCGUCUGUGUGAAAACGGUGCAGUCCAGAACCAGCCCGACCCGAUACAAAAACUCCUAAUCAACCCUUUCCCUAUGGCAGGGACUCCAGGGAAUCAGUUAAAUCAGGGAGAAAGUGGGGUGGGGCCCCAAAUCCACCCUAAAGCUAAAGCCUCAGGGCCGGCCCCGCCUCAGCACUUACUCUACCUCCCAAAUAAGGCACCCCCUGCUGGAAUGGCAGGGAACAUGGUGUCGCCACUUGAGCUUCUCCAAAGGCUCACAUUGGUGCAGCAGGAGCAGGAGCAGGAGCUCCUACAGCCGAAUCUCACCACCGGCAGCUCCGGUCUCAGCAAAACUAACUCGACACAGGUGAGCUCAGCGACUGGAGCCCCCACCCUCCUUCUGUCACCCAGCAUGUUCACCCAGACCAAAGCCACGAGAGCAGAACUAGUCGAACCCAGGGCACUUAGCAGGACUCAGCUACAGGCCACACUGCUCCACCUCAUCAAGAAUGAUGCAUCGUUCCUGGACACCAUCUAUGAAGCAUAUGUCUCCCGGCUCGCUACAGACUCCAGCUCAAAAGCUUUCUGAAGCAGGAAAACCAUCUGGACACGUGCAUACAUACACGCAGCUUUCAUGCUCCGAACCAUCUCAGGACUACCCUGCUAUUUUGAAUGUAGCCUCCAAUAAGUGGAGCACCUCCGCAGCAGAUUCACAACAGGAAAACCAGUUUGAUUGUGAAUGAUCGGAAUAUCAAAUCACUUUUGAAUUUUAGAUGUUUCGAUGUUGUUCGCAAAGGGCAAUCUUAAGUAUUUUAAUAUUUUCUGGAAGGAAGAUUUUACUAUGGAUUUUAUGUUUCGCUUUCAUACAACAGGGCAAGAAAUGUGUUGUGUUAAAAUCUGAGUGGAAGGACAUUCUUCUUUUUAUGAAGGGAUUUUUAUCUUUGCAUAUCUGAACAGACCCACAAAAAGAAAUAGCAUGAUGAAUAACAAGAUAAGGCUAACAUGUCUGGAUUCUUCAUAGCUUUACAAUCAUCCCUUUACAAGCCAGGAGGAAAAAGUGUAUUAUUUUAUAUUUUAAAAUGAAAAUUGAAAUGUACAAACAAAGCUGUACAUAAGUAUAUAUAUUCUAUUUUUCUAUGGUUCUGUUCUUAUAUAAACAUGCUGGAAUAUUUUUCUGUUACCUUAAAAAAAAAAAAAAAAACGAUAAAAAAAAAAUCAUAAGUGUUUCCCAAUCUGCAGAUCAAACUGAAAACAAGCUGACAGUCACAUUUUCUUCCGUUUUGGUUUUCAUAUUAAAAUAAUAUCCCAACACCCCA